AUGCUGUGUAAUGCUGUAAAAAUGUCUUUAGUGCUGAAUAAUGUUGGAUUACACAGCACUUUGUCUCCCACACGGGGCGUUGAGCAUCAUGACAGACACAGGCGACAGGAAAUUCCAUUCUCUGCAACACACAAGGGGCCACCUGCAACACAUGUGGCCACCUGCAACACAUGUGGCCACCUGCAACACAAGGGGCCACCUGCAACACAUGUGGCCACCUGCAACACAUGUGACCACCUGCAACACAAGGGGCCACCUGCAACACAUGUGGCCUACCUGCAACCUAUGAGGGCCACCUGCAACACAUGUGGCCACCUUACCUUCCCUGUCAUGACAACCGCCUGCAACACAAGGGGCCACCUGCAACACAUGUGGCCACCUGCAACACAAGGGGCCACCUGCAACACAUGUGACCACCUGCAACACAAGGGGCCACCUGCAACACAUGUGACCACCUGCAACACAAGGGGCCACCUGCAACACAUGUGGCCACCUGCAACACAAGGGGCCACCUGCAACACAUGUGGCCACCUGCAACACAAGGGGCCACCUGCAACACAUGUGCCCACCUGCAACACUCAAGGCUACCUGCAACACAAGGGGCCACCUGCAACACAUGUGGCCACCUGCAACACAAGGGGCCACCUGCAACACAUGUGGCCACCUGCAACAUAG